AUGGGUAUAACACGACUUAAAGGACAAACGCUUAUGCGUGCCACCACCGCUAUGGCUGGUGUUGGUUUCUUGCUUUUCGGUUACGAUCAGGGUGUCAUGUCUGGUGUCGUUGCCAAUGACAGUUUCAAGGGCUAUAUGGGUAUGGCCAACCCUGAAGAUUACAACUCUGCUUUGAUGGGUGCCAUCGUCGCCUUGUACGAAAUCGGUUGUAUGGGUGGUGCCUUGUCUUGUGGUACUCUUGGUGAUAUUCUUGGUCGUCGUAAAAUGAUUCGUCUCGGUUGCUUUAUUCUUUGUAUUGGUGCCGUUAUCCAAACUGCUAGUGUCAAUGUUGGCAUGAUGAUUUUCGCUCGUAUCUUUACCGGUGUUGGCAAUGGUAUGAACACUGCCACUAUCCCUGUUUACCAAGCCGAAGUUUCGCCACCCAAGAAUCGUGGUGCUCACGUUUCCUUUGAGGCUUCUCUUCUUGCUCUUGGUGUCGGUAUUGCCUAUUGGCUUGAAUUUGGUCUUUACUUUGCUCAAGGUGAAGUCGCAUGGCGUUUCCCAUUGGCUUUCCAAAUGUUCUUUGGUAUCAUUCUUUUCAUUGGUACUUUCUUCCUUCCUGAAUCUCCUCGUUGGUUGCAAAGCCAUGGCAAGGAAGAUGAAUGUAAGGAAGUCCUUGCUCGUCUUUGGACCGAUGAAGAUACUACCCACCCUCGUUGCAUUGCCGAGUGGGAAGAAAUUCGUGAUGGUAUCGAACUCGAACGUCGUGAAGGCAUCAAGUCCUACCGUGAACUUUUCAAGCGUGGCAGACUCAACAACCGUUAUCGUGUGCUUCUCGGUAUGGGUGGUCAGCUUAUGCAACAAUUUGGUGGUAUCAAUGUCAUUUCUUACUACUUGACCGAUAUUUUCUUGCAAGCCGGUAUGACUCACGCUAUGGCCAUGUUGAUGGCUGGUGUCGACUCUAUUCCUUAUUUCCUUGGUGCUUUGACUCCUAUCUACACCAUUGAUCGCUUUGGUCGUCGUGCUCUUAUGUACUGGGGUUUGAUCGGCCAAUGUAUUACUUUGAUCAUUGUUGGUGGUGCUCAAUACGCCGUCGAAAAUGGUAAUGACAAGGCCUCUGGUGCUGUCAUUUGCUUUGUCAUGGUCUACAAUGCCAUCUUUGGUGCCGCUUGGUUGGGUCUCGCUUGGUUGUAUCCCUCUGAAAUUUUCCCUACUGCCUUGCGUGCUAAGGGUAACUCCAUGUCUACCGGUGCCAACUGGCUUGGUAACUUUGUUGUUGCCAUGAUUGCCCCUGUUCUUUUCGAAUACGCCAAGUAUUGGACUUUCUUGAUGUUUGGUAUCCUCAACGUUCUCUUCUUGAUCCCUAUCUACCUUUGGUACCCUGAGACCAACGGCAAGUCCCUUGAAGAAAUUGAAGUCUUGUUCGCUACUCCUGAUCUUCAAGAAGAUGCCAAGUCUAUUGCUCCUUCCAUUGGUGCCUCUUCCGCUUAUGACGAGAAGGUUCAAGGUGAUCGUGAAUCUCAACGUGUUCCAAGCAUUGCCAGUCGCCCUGUCUCUCGUCGUUUGCCUAGCAACUUUUCAGCUACCAAGCAACAGCAGCCCAACGAAAAGUCGCAGCCCAACGAGAAGACUGGUGACGAUGAGUAA